AUGCUCCGUUCUUAUACUGUUUCAUCUUUAAAUGAUGUUGUUUGUGAUGAAGUUCUGUGGGGGGCUGAUUGCACUUCUCGGUCUCUGUUUUCGGUUAGUACUGCUUGGGAAUCUUUAGAUGGGACUCAUCCGAUUGUACCAUGGUAUAAAUUGGUAUGGUUCUCGGGUCAUAUUCUUAAGCAUGCUUUCUGUUUAUGGCUUGCUUGUCAAAGACGUCUCCCCACUCAAGACCGCCUAAUUUGGAAGGAUGAACCCCCGGAUUUGAAGUGUUCGUUAUGUGGUAAUUGUAUUGAUAGCCAUGCUCAUUUAUUCUUCCAAUGUGUUUUUGCUCGGGAGGUUUGGGAAAGUAUGUUGCUUCUUGUGGACUUGAGGACUAUGYCGUCGUCUUGGGAUCAAAUUGUGGAUAUUCUUUCGGAUCGUGCUCGUCGACCUAAGCGUUUAAAGCAGAGGCUAAUGGUUGCAGCUUCUGUUUAUUACAUUUGGCAAGAAAGAAAUAAAAGACUUUUUUCUGAAGUUAGCCGCACAACUGUGCAACUUAUCACUAUUAUUAAUAAUACGAUUUCUAUGCGUGCGGCUUGGGUGGAUAGAAGACGGGCGCCUGGUGUUGCUGUGCUAUGA